ACGUAGGUGCACACCAACGCUAGGGGAUGAUCUCGCGUCAGCUGACUCAUUUUCUUUCCUCAUUCAUGCAACCCACAUUUAUUGAGCGCCUGCUGUAUGGAUGGAUACUGUACGCCAGAGAACCGCUGCGUGGCGCUCCAAUUCACUGUUUCACAUCCACACAGCCGUGGAGGAUUUACAAAAUACAUUAAGUGAGCUGCGUAGAAGAAAUAAUGCCUUUUGAGGGACAGUUGCAUUUAAUAGACAGCCUUACUAAGGCAAGAGUUCUGGAGCCACCACUGCACUCCAGCCGGCCUUGGCUUCUGAGCUUUGGAUUCUGGGCGGUAAUGGUCACGGUCCCAGCGUCCUGGAAAAGCUUGACCUUGGCUUCUGGCCCUGACUCUGCCUCCCACUGACUAGUGGACGUCACUCCCCCUUUCUGGGCCUGGCAACACCAUCCUGUUCAAUGAGGCUGCGGCUGGAUCAGAGGCCCCCAGGCCCAGAACCUUCCAGGGCUAGGCUCAGCUCCCUACCCCAUCCCCCAGACGACUUACAGUGACAAAGGGGCAAAGCCAGAGAGAGGCCGGUUCCUCCACUUCCACUCUGUGACCUUCUGGGUUGGCAACGCCAAGCAGGCCGCGUCAUUCUACUGCAGCAAGAUGGGCUUUGAACCUCUAGCCUACAGGGGCCUGGAGACCGGUUCCCGGGAAGUGGUCAGCCAUGUAAUCAAACAAGGGAAGAUUGUGUUUGUCCUCUCCUCAGCGCUCAACCCCUGGAACAAAGAGAUGGGCGAUCACCUGGUGAAACACGGCGAUGGAGUGAAGGACAUCACGUUUGAGGUGGAAGAUUGUGACUACAUCGUGCAGAAAGCACGGGAACGGGGCGCCAAAAUCGUGCGGGAGCCCUGGGUAGAGCAAGACAAGUUUGGGAAGGUGAAGUUUGCUGUGCUGCAGACGUAUGGGGACACCACACACACCCUGGUGGAGAAGAUGAACUACACCGGCCAAUUCUUGCCUGGAUAUGAGGCCCCAGUGUUCAUGGACCCCCUACUUCCUAAACUGCCCAAAUGCAGUCUCGAGAUUAUUGACCACAUUGUGGGAAACCAGCCUGAUCAGGAGAUGGUGUCCGCCUCCGAAUGGUACCUGAAAAACCUGCAGUUCCACCGCUUCUGGUCUGUGGAUGACACGCAGGUGCACACAGAAUAUAGCUCUCUGCGAUCCAUUGUGGUGGCCAACUAUGAGGAGUCCAUCAAGAUGCCCAUCAAUGAGCCAGCGCCUGGCAAGAAGAAGUCCCAGAUCCAGGAAUAUGUGGACUACAAUGGGGGCGCUGGGGUCCAGCACAUCGCCCUCAACACCCAAGACAUCAUCACAGCGGUUAGAACCCCCUUCCCCUUCUGA